AUGUUCUCCAUACAAACCGACAACUUUAAUUUCCAACACAAAAUCCCAUAUCCACCGCUCUUUUGUCACUUACCAUCACUAUUUCACAACCACAACCCACAAUGCUCAUUCCUCCACCAUCACACCUCCCUUACUCACCACACCGACGCCAUGCUUCUAACCAUCGUAUCCUUACUCCUCUUUGUACUUUUCGUCAUCCUCCUCCACCUCUACGCCCGUUGGUUCUUAUCCCAAGCCCGCCCACGUACCCCAACCACCAUCACCCUUACACACAUAUCAAGACCCGCCAGAUUGCACCGUCGAUCCACCACCAGGUUGGGCCUUCCCUCCUCAGUCAUCGCAUCAUUACCACUAUACAUUCAUAGAUUACCACCAUCGGUUGACUGUAACUACGUUUUAGAGUGCCCUAUAUGUUUGAGCGCUUUUCAAGAAGAAGAGAUCGGAAGGAAAUUACCAGUAUGUGGGCAUGCAUUUCAUGUCGAAUGCAUAGACAUGUGGUUGCACUCGCAUUCAACUUGCCCGAUUUGUCGUGCUACAAUCUUAUACAAUUACAACCGUAAAAUGGACAAUGUUAACCAUAUAGUUGAUCAUGUAGAGAUCGAUAUUGUUAAUCCUGAGCAGUUGGAGAUUGACGAUGCAAUACGUUUUCCGGUGCAAGAGAGUCCCAAAUCUACGAAUACUAGUGUUGAGAUACACACUGGACCAAGUUCGUCCUCGUAA